AAGUUAGUUGGCUUGCUCAGUUCUUCAUUCACACAACAAUAACAAUACUACGCUUUGUAAUGCAAAUGUAACGACCGGGCGGCUACGUGUCAUCAACUACGCGACUACAAAUUGACUAACUUAUCUCCAGCUUGUGAUUCGCCGUUUUUACUAGGUGCUAUUUAGUCGGGGCUAGCUUAAUUAGCUAAGCAACCUGCUGCUGUUGUGAGAGGUAACCUAGCAGCCAGGAGACUACGACAUGGAAAGCAAAGAACGGCGGUUUCUGUUAUUUCAACUUACUCGUCGUCUAACAUAACGCUAAUAUCACUAAACGGGGCUACAGGUAAAUAGACACGUGGUGUUUAACUUAAGAACAACGGCGUAAAGCUGGGUGAUGCUUAAAGUCGAUGGUUUAGCCCAGUUAACGCUGAGCUAACAAACUACCACUGUGUUGAGCCACUAGUUAACAUCAGCUGUUAUGGCUGCUUUCGAGUGGAAUAAAGUGACCAAAGUUGACCCUGAAUCACUCAAUGAGAGCGCAAACGUGAAAGAGAUGGUCGACAUGUUUGUUUCGGUACAAGAAUGGGGGGUGGAGGACAAAGCUCCAGAGAACAUUACUCAAGUCCUGCGGGUUCUUCAGGCCCUGCUUCGGUUUAAGGAUCAUGAAGUCGGACAACUCAACAACCUUUUUAAAAAGCGGAACAUCGAUGAAAACAAAACUGUACAAAAGGAAUUAAAGGAUAAGAUAUCAAGACUGGAACAAGGGCUUAAGCACUCCAGCACCGGACUAGGUACCCGCUUCCUCAGAGAUGAGAUUUGGCAGCUUGAGACUCAGCUGGAGCAAAAGGAGACAGAGUUGAACCAAAUAAAGAAAGAGAUGGGCAAGGAAAAGAAAUCCAUUGAAGAGCUGGUUGUGAGAGCAGAGGAGGCUGAGGAUGAGGUCAAGAAGCUGAAGCGAGAGAUAAAAAUAAUUAAGAGGACGAAUAAGCAGCUUCGGCAUGAUGUGGACUUCUACUGUGAGGAGCUGAACCAGAAAGAACCAGCCCAGUCCAGAGAAGAGAAUGCAGAGACCCAGAAGAAGCUGAACUCGACCAAUCGCCAGCUCUACCAGUGCCUGGAUGACCUUCAGCGAGCCGAGGAUGAAAACACGUACCUAAGGGCACAGAAUGAACAAAUGCAGAAAAGUCUUGAGGAAUCAGUAAAGGAGAUGGAGAAAAUGACAGAUGAGUACAACAAGAUGAAGAUUGUUGUUCACCAGACGGACUCCAUUAUGGACCAGCUGAGGACCGAGCGGGAUCUUGCAAAGCUGCAGGUCAGAGAGUUAACAGAGAAGAUUCGUAGCAUGACGGAAGAGGAGGAUCCAAUUAUGGCAGCAGUCAGUGCCAAAGUAGAGGAGUGGAAGGCAGUGCUCUCGGCAAAGGAUGAUGAAAUUAUAGUGUACCAGCAGAUGAUCCGUGACCUGAGGGAAAAGUUGCGUUCAGCCCAGUUGGACUUGGACAAAAGCAACAUUAUCGCCCUGCAGCAGGCCGUUCAGGAGAGGGAUAAUCAAAUCAAGAUGCUAAGUGAGCAAGUGGAGCAGUAUACACAGGAAAUGGAAAAGUACACCUUGCUAAUUGAGGAAAUAAAGACAUCUACAAAAAAAGAGAGCGUCCUACCAUCGAACAUCCAGCACAAAAGGACUGAAGAGCUGAAGUCAAGGCUGGAGGCUGCAGAGAGCAGAGCAGCUGAAGCAGAACAGGCGGUAAAGCUUGCUGAAGCCCAUGCUGAGGAAAAAGACAAAGCGCUCAUUGAAGCUUCAAACCGCUUGAGCCAAUACGAGUCUGGCACCUAUGGCCUGGAAGCAGCCAUUGCAGAGAUCAAAGAGUGUAAAAAUCAAAUUAGAGUGCGAGAUCGUGAGGCAGAGGCCAUGACCAAGGAGAUCAACCAGCUUGAGAUGAGAAUGACUGACCUCAUGGAUGAAAAUGAAUGUUUCAGAGAAAAACUAGGCCUGACACCAAAGGAGGAUGUGGAUUUGACAGAGUUUAAACUGGCCAAAGGUCUCAGACAACGCCAGUACAAAGCAGAAAACAAAGUCCUCACCAAAGAGAUUGAGAAACUUGAACAGGAAAGACUGGAGCUAAAGAUGCAAAUCAGACGCAUUGUGAAGGAAAGAGGGAACACUCAGUUAGGCUUGCUGCUGGAAGAGGAUACUCAGCCUAACAGAGCUGUGCCUUUGGAACAAAGCACCACUUACACAGAUGAGGAGAUCAGACACAAGAACAAGUACCUUGAAAAAGAACUGAGCAAAAAGGAAAGAGAGCUGGAACUUAACAAGACCCAGUUUCAAGAAAAAUUGGAAGAGCUGUCAAAAGUGAAAAGUGAUUUGGAGGCUGCACUGAAAGAUGUUCUUCAAGCGAUGAAGAUUAAUCAGGAGGCAUGUCCAUCUGGCGCUGCCAUCAAUAUACCCAGUCUGAACAAGUUAGCUAAGGUUGUACAUGAGAGCAGCACAAGUGCAGAGUCUGAGUCAGCCCUGCACCUUAAGUCCCAAAUACAUGAGCUAAUUGGGAGAAAUGAAGAACUGAGGCAAGAACUGAAACUGUCUCGUGAGGAAGCAAUCAGCAGCUUCAGCCAGCUGACCAGAGCCAAAGACAAGUUGAGCCAGUUGGAAAGUGAAUUGGAAGUGUUGAAGAAGUCAGGCAGUGGAAUCAUCCUCCAGCCUCUAACACUCCCUAAGGACCUGGAGCCCAGCAGCACAGAGAUCAUCAGUUCUCUAAAUGAAUAUGCUGUCCGACUUCUUCAGGAACGCGACAACAAUGAAGACAAAAACAAGAAACUUGUGGGAUCACUGGAAGAAUACAAAGAGAAGUUUGCUGUCCUCAGCCACCAACAGGGUCUCCUCUAUAAAGAAUAUCUGAGUGAGAAAACAGAAUGGCACAAAGAGAAAGAGACAUUUACAGAGAUGAAGAACAAGCUGGAGGAGGAAAAGCAGGCAGAUGCCAUAGAAAUACAAAAAUUCAAAGAGCUGUUGGACACGCUUAAGAAGGACCCAGAGGAAAUCAGAAGACAGUUGGGUGAAGCGGUGCGAAAGGUGACAGUGUUGAAAGUCAACGAGGAGAAGCUGAUCCGACGCUACACCACGCUGCUGGAGCAAGAACAGCACCUUCGCAAGGAGAACAGCAGGCUGAGAGAGGAGAGCAGCCAAAUGCAGGUUUCUGUUACCCAGAAGAUCGGAUGCCUGCAGAGAAGCAAGGAAAUGGCAGCAUAUAAGAUGGCAGCACUGCAGAAGGACUUGGAUGACAGCGUGCCCUCAUCCGACCUGGACAGAGCUAACAAGCAGUACACAGAGCUGACCGUCAAGUACAGAGACCUGCUGCAGAGGGACAGCCACCUCGUACAGAGGACCACCAACCUCGAACAUUUGGAGAGUGAAAAUGAGUCUUUACAGGAGCAAACCUCUUUUCUUAAUAAAGAGCUAGAGAUCACAAAGGAGAAACUGAACACUUUAGAGCAGGCGUGGGAGAAAAUCAAUUCAACUGGAAGUGAAAAUAGCAUGAAUAUGGCAGACCAGGCAUUAGCCCAGAGUGAGAUGGUGUCUGCUGCCAGAAGAAUCACCACUCUGGAAAUGAAGGAGCUAAAUGAGAGGCAGAAAGCUGAGCACGCCCAGAAAAUGUAUGAACACACUAAGAGCUCCCUCAGGCAGGUGGAGGAGCGCAACGUGGAGCUAGAGUCCAAGAUUGCAGCGUUAACCAAGAUGAAUCUAGAGGCCCAGAGGAUGGAACGAGAAUUGAGAGAUGAGCUGGCAGACAGCAUCAGUAAAGUUGUGAGCGAUGCUGACAGAGCCAGGAUUACAAAGCUGGAGAAGACUGAAGCUGAGCUGCACAUGGAGGUCUCUAAGCUUAAAGAGGUGUCUGAUGUUGCCAUGGCGCAGGUGUCUGCUCUACAAGCUAGACAACAGUACAAGGAGAAUGAAGUAGAAGCUUUGAGAAAGCAAAUAUUUGACUACCAGUCGCAGUCAGAUGAAAAGUCCCUCAUUGCGAAGCUCCAUCAGCACAUUGUGGCUCUGCAACUCAGUGAGUCAGCUGCUUCAGCCAAGUUGAAGGCAGCCAGCUCUCACAUGCAGCAGUUGGAGGCCUCCAAGCUGCGCGCUGAACAGCGGCUAGAUGCCUGUGAGAGCGCUCUGUUUCUCGCCCGCCAGGAAGGCAGAAAUCGUUCCAAGCACCUACGACAGACGAUCCAGUCACUACGUAGGCAGUUUGCUGGAGCAUUGCCCCUUCCUCAGCAGGAGAAGUUCACUGUGGCUCUGGUGAGCCUCCAAGAGGACAGAGCCAAAGCCCAAGGAGAGAGGAGGAAGGCAGAGGAAGAGAGGAGGAAGGCAGAGGGCAGGGCAAAGGAGCUGGAAGUGAAACUGAGCGGCCUAGAGGAGCUCCUCUCAACCCUGAAGGAUGUGAAAGGGACCCAGAAGGUAACUGAGUGGCACAAGAAGAUGGAAGAUGUUCGUCUGCAGGAGCUUCGGAAGGGCCGAGAGCUGGCAGCACAGAAGGAGGAGAUAAGGCAUCUGAAGAAUCUGGUGGAGGAGCAGGAGAGAGCCAUCUGCAUGCUGGAAGAGGAUAUUGUCCAGCAGCACACGCUUCAAGAAGAACGCCAGCUGGCCUGGGAUCAGCGAGAGGUGGAGCUGGAGCGCCAACUGGAAGAAUACGAGAAGCACCAGGAUGAAGUUCUGAGCGGUGCAGAAAAGCUUGAGGAAGGCACAAGCUUCCUUCCAGAUCCAUCUCUACCACUGGCUCAUCAAUUACAGUUCGCUUUGGCCAAAAUCCGAGAACUGGCCCUCACCAUUCAGGACACACAGGCAGCCUGCAAAAGCCUGAAUGAGAAACUGAAAGAGAAGGAAGCAGCUCUGAGGAAGGCAGAGCAGAACAUCCUGUCAAGGGAUAAGGUGAUCAAUGAGCUACGUCUUCGGCUCCCAGCUACCAUCAACAGAGAACACCUCCUCGCUGACAUGGCCAAGCAGGAGGAGAGUUCGUCAAACAGCCAGCCGCCCCUUAAAUUAGCCCACGAGAUCAUCAAAGACCUCCAGGAUCGACUUGACCAAAAAGAAAUCCUGCUAAAACAGUCCUAUAACAAGCUGACGCAAGCCAGACAGGAUCAAGAGGAGAUGAUAAAUAGACACUAUGAGGAGCUCAAAGCUUUGCACCAGAAGCUGGACGGCUACAGGGACGCCUCAGUGGAGGAGUUCAAACAGAAAGCAAAGGAACUGAUGAACAAGCCCUCGAUUAAAGUGCCAAGUUCGAAGCAUCUAGAGCGCCUGGCCGAGUUAGAGCAGAUAGUGGCAGAACAGGAAAUAUCCCACUCCAAUGUCAAAGAGACGCUGCAGGUGAAAACGGCCGAGUUGGAGCGACUGAAAAGUGCCAUUAAAGCCCAGGCUGAAAAACAAAGGUCAAUGUCAAGGCCUGAAGAGGAUUACGUUGCCCAGGUGAAGGCUCUGACUGAUGAGACUGAACACCAGAGAAGCCAGCUUGCACAAAUGGAGCAGGAGAUGAACGACCUCCGAACUGAGCUGGAGGCCCAGAAGGAGGCCAACGUCCGCUCACCCAGUAACACUAUGAAAAACCUGGUGGAACGACUCAAGACGCAACUGACCCAGAAAGAGAAGCAGCUCAAGGCUCUCAGUAAAGCUCUGUUGGAGCUGCGGGCAGAGAUGACGUCUGCAGCAGAGCAGCAAGUCAUAGUUGCUGCUGCACAAAAAGAAGAAAGUCUCAAUGUCCAGAUAUUGGUUGACAGACACACUAAAGAUCUAAAGGUGCGGAUACAAGAACUGAAUGAAGAUCUUAAAGAUGCCAAAGAGUCUGCUAAAGCAGCCAGAGCUCAGGAGAACACCCUGAAAGAGGAGAUGGACCGUCUGAACCAGGAUCUUCAGAGAAGUCAGAAAGCGCUGAGACGCCUACAGGCAGAAAAGGAGGAGAAGGAGCAGGAAAUUCAGGAGCUCAAGCAGCAAAUCAAGAGGCUCACCAGCGCCCUUCAGAAUCAAACAGAACAAGAUGGAAAGGGGUCAACCAUUGAGAAUCUGCAGAAGAAGAUCAGGAGGCUGGAAUCUGACUUGGAGCAGAGAGCAGAAAUGAAGACUGUGAAAGACGACCGUGGAACGACUAAAGAAGAAAUUCUGCGGUGGGAGGAGGGUAAGAAAUGGCAGGCCAGGAUGGAGAGGGUAAAGAAUUCACUGAAGGAUAAGGAACGAGAGAAUGAGUCUCUGUCAAAACAGCUUAGCUCUCUCAAAGACCUUUAUGGCAGGCUGGAAAAAGAGAAGAGUGCACUUGGGAAAAAACUAAAGGCUCGAGGUGUAACUGCUGAUCAAGUGGUUGGCGUGCGAUCUACAGAAAUGGAGAAGGAGAUUGAGGAGCUGAGGAAAAAGAACUCGGACCUGGAGACACAGAUCGUCACCAUUAAAGAGCACCAGGCUUUACCUCGCGAUGACGCCAUGGAGACCCUGGUGCUGAGGAACCGCUACCUGGAGGAGCGAGUACACGUCCUAGAGAGCCAGUUGUUCAAAGAGCCUCCAUCGAGACCCUCUACGUCAGGGCGGGGUACUGGCACUCCUUCCCAGAGAGAGCAGGAUCUUCAAAAAGAAAAUCUCAAGCUUGACUCUGAGAAAUUGGAGCUGCGAUUUCAGCUGGAGCAGGCCAACAAAGACCUGCCAAGGCUCAAGGAUCAAGUCUUGCAUCUUAAGGAGAUGUGCAGUGCGUUAAAACAGGAUAAGGCUGAGGUGGAGAAAAAGCUGGCUCACAUACGUGGAGCCGGUCAAAGCGGAAAAACGGUACCUGAACUUGAGAAGACCGUCGGCUUGAUGAAGAAGGUGGUGGAGAGGGUACAAAGAGAAAACGAGACACUGAAGAAAAGUUCCCCUCCAAACCAACACAAGGUCGCUGCUUUGGAGCAAGAAAUCGAGAAGCUUAAGGCUGACUAUCAGAACCUAAAAAGUCAGUGUGAAGCUGAGCUGAUCUCCAAACUUGAAGCUAAAACCAAGGGACUGGAAAAGAUCGUGAUGGAAAAUGAACGUCUACGCAGAGAGAUUAAAAGAGAAGUAGAAGCUGCAGAGAGGCUCAGAGUGACAAAAACCAGCCUGGAGGUGAACAACGAGCAGCUUGAAGCUGAGCUGGAGGAGACCAAACAGCGGCUUCGUGCAGCCCUGUCCAAACCCCUCCCAGAGGGAGCGGACAGUAAAACCUGGAAGGCGUCUGUGGUGACGAGAAUGUUUGAGAACAAGAUGAAGGAGCUGGAGAAGGAGCUCUCCCAGAAGACCUCCAGCCUCACUGGCCUCAAACAGCAGCUGAAGGAGGCGAAGGAGCGUGAGGAGAGAGCUCAGAUCAGAAUCCGGCAGUUGGAAGAUCAGGUUGACAUGAUAAAGCAGUUUCCUGUCGCUGCAGGUGGUGAUGCAGCACUGACGAAGGACUUCCAGGCAAUGAGAUUGGUCACAACUGAACUUAGGGAGGAAAACGCAGAACUGAGGCGGAGGCUGAACGAGCACAGCAGGACUUCAGGAGAUCAAGAGAAGCUCAAAGACCUUCUGCAAGCGUCUGAAGCUGAGAAAACCAGGCUCCAAACAGAGGUCACCAAACUGAAGAAGGAGCUGGGGAACUUUGACCCAGCGUUCUUUGAGGAGAUCGAGGACCUGAAGUAUAAUUACCAUUUAGAGGUCAAGAAGAACGUUGUGCUGGAGGAACAGCUCAGGAAGGUCUGUGAUCAGUUUGGUGUAAAGGCUGAAAUGCCAAGUGUAUCAAUCAGUUGAUUUAGGGUUUCUGUUAACUACAUCUGAAUGUACUUCAGGUUCAAAGGAGACAUUAUUUAUUUUUAGAUAAUUGUUAAUAUAUGGGUCAGUACUGAACCUGAUCAAAUUAUCAAAACUGCCACCACAAACGGAGGCUGCCUGUGUCUCCAGCCUUUUUUAUUGAGCUAGUGAUGUAGCAUCUUUAAAGAUUUCUUUAUAUUUGUACAGUCCAAUGCUGUUGUAUGGUUGAUAAAUUAUCUUUUUGAUUCGAUAAUAAAGCAUUUCAUACAAAUCAA